AUCAUCAAGAAGCUUCGAUUGAACAGUGUCACGCUGUACUGGGACUUAGGGUACUCUAGGAUUGACUAGAACGAAGCGGGCAAGCUUACAAAGGCACUGGAGAAAAGAAGAAGGCAAAUGCAAGCUAGUUGCAGUCAGAAAGUCCACGCGCGAACGGCCAUGAAGCUUACUUGAAGCUUCCAUUCGUGUCAUCCAGAGAGGGGAGCAAGCAACGCGCAAACAUGGCGAUGCAAUACAAAGAGGACUCACGACUCGCUGUCAGCGGCUGCACAGCGGCGUUCCUUGCAGCGAUUAGGAGAUGGCUAACGGCAAGAGAGGACUAGAGGCUGACCUAGAGCAUCCAAACGGAGCCAAGAAGGCAAAGCUCGACCGAACCGAGCUAACUACAGAAGACGGAGCCGCGCCGUCUACAGACGACCAAGACGCGCGAACCGCCACUACCGCCAUUCUCGACUGUCUCAGCACAUCCCUCCCAACCCCCACUGGCAACCCACCAAAAGGCGAGCAAAAGAACCCUUCAUCCAAGACCGUCCAGGCAGAGCCCCUCCCCAGAUUCCUUAUCAAUUCGGACGAACACUCAGACGAUCCCAAACGCUUUGACUGGAAUACGGGAUAUAAGAAAUUCGAAGAGUGUCUUCACGAAGACAAGGACUCCGCAAAAGCACUUCUACAGAGGCUUAAAGAGCAUUUCGAGCCAUUCCGCUUCGAGCAGAUCAACCUACGCAACGAAGCUGAUGUAGUCCAUCAGGCAGGCCUAUAUCUUGUAUACCCCGUGCAAAUGGCCGCUGAGCUUCUUGAACCGGGCAUUACCACACAUUCCGAAGCGCCCGUCGAUACGAAGGGUCUGCGAGUAGACCUGGCAUGGAUACGCCCGGACAGAACAUUGUUUAUGCACAUCGAGUACAAGCGGCGUGGGUAUUUGAGUGCUGAGCGGUUCCGCCAUGAAGCCAUUGCGCACCAUCAAAAGGGCGACCAGGAGCGGCGGCUUAGCAUGACUUUGGCAUCUUCAGCGAUUAACGAAGGAGAUGUGGCGCACUUACUUAGGCGGGUGAGGGCAUACGCGAAGGGCCAUAAGCUGAAGUAUUCCUCGUUGUGCGACUACGAGACCCUGAUCCUGUUGGAGUUCCGGAACAACUAUGAAGAGGUUCACAUGACGAUACCCGAGCCGAAGACUUCCGUAAGAGCUUGGUGGGGCUGCUCUACAUGGCGCAUGGGCUUGAUCAGGAUGACAAGCCGGCUUAGCUUUGCUCGCAUUGGAGCUGGAGGAUGGAUGGCGGAUACGCGCAGGUGCUGAAAUGUCCGAGAAUGUAGUAGGCGCGGAGCAAGCGUAUUCUUAAACCAGAUUGGCCCUUCGCCCUGUCUUUUACCCCUCAACCCUUCGUCUCUUACCUGUCCUUGACAGCAGCACAGAAAAGUACGCUUACGCU